GGGACGUGCGGGCCGGAUGGGGAAGGCGGUGGCGGUGGCGGCCUUGGGGGCCGAAGUGGGCGUCCGGAUCGCGCUGUUCGCGGCCUUCCUGGUGACGGAGCUGCUCGCUCCCUUCCAGAGGCUGAUCCAGCCGGAGGAGAUGUGGCUUUACCGGAACCCGUACGUGGAAGCGGAGUAUGUCCCCACCAAGCCCAUGUUGGUCAUUGCAUUUCUCUCUCCUCUGUCACUGAUCCUGCUGGCCAAAUGUCUCAAGAAGGCAGACACCAUGGACAGCAGACAAGCCUGCCUGGCUGCCAGCCUUGCCCUGGCUCUGAAUGGUGUCUUCACCAACACAGUAAAACUGAUAGUGGGAAGGCCACGCCCAGAUUUCUUCUACCGCUGCUUCCCUGAUGGGCAAGCCCGUCCCGACCUGAUAUGCACAGGGGACAAGGACGUGGUGAAUGAGGGCCGCAAGAGCUUUCCUAGUGGACAUUCUUCCUUUGCAUUUGCAGGCCUGGCCUUUGCUUCCUUCUACCUGGCAGGGAAGCUACACUGCUUCACACCACAGGGCCGUGGGAAAUCCUGGAGGUUCUGUGCCUUUCUGUCACCCUUACUUUUCGCAGCUGUGAUUGCACUGUCCCGCACCUGUGACUAUAAGCAUCACUGGCAAGAUGUCCUAGUUGGAUCCGUGAUUGGCCUGACUUUUGCCUACGUCUGCUACAGGCAGUACUAUCCCCCACUGACAGAUGAAGAAUGCCAUAAACCGUUUCAGGACAGACUCGUACUUCCCACUGUACAGAAGAAGCUUGGUGAUCCCGAUCGCUUUGACGUGUAGAAAUUGGACCUACACCAGUGGAAGCCAGGUGAAUCAGCCCCUCCUCAAUGGACCGCGCACAGGCCAAACUUCUGGCCUUUUUACCUCUGCAGAGGUGAAGCGAAGACCUGUGCCGCGCAGCGUUCUGCCUGCACGUGCGUCUGCAGGUUUCUCCUGCUUACACGGAUCCACCAUGAGGAGCCAAGGGCCUUUUCCAUGGACACCACACAUUCUGGUAAAAGGGAUCUUUCUAGGGUCCUCGAAAAGCUUCGGAAUAUGAUUCAGGUUGAAAUCCCCAGGUCUGCAGUGUUUUUACACUUAAUUUAAAUGCCGUUCUUGGAAGGAUCUUGUCACAGAGAAGCCUUUACACAGCCCGACUUUAUCCUCAACGCUACAGUGAAACUAUAACAACUUAAUCUCCACUUCCCCGUAGCCCAAAAUUGUAAAAUCCAGGACAUGAACAACUGAAUUACUGUCCGUUCUCUGCUGAGAAUUUCAUCAAGCCUUAAAUAGGAAAACGUACACUUUGGGCUGAUUUAUCACACACAGCUGAUCUCAGUCCGGCCAGAUACUGCUGUCUGUUCUGAAUACCGUGGGCAUAUACAGUCUGCUGUGCUGCCAAGUGAGCACAAUGAAAAAGAAGAAAAUGGUCAGAAGUGUGAUUUCAGGACUAAAAACUCAUACCUGUUUCUACCUCAUCUGUCUUUAAACUGUGGCUCAUGAGCUGCUUUCCCGGCAUUUAUUACUGAAGAUCUCCCAAGUGGCUAAGGCGGGAAGGAAAAACCACAUUUAACUGGAGGAUAAAUGAGCCUUAUUCUGUCCCCUUUCCACAACAGGAUAUUAAGGACCAGUUGUGGGAUCUCAUCAGACCUGCUGCUGUACGACCUACACCUGCCAUUUUAUUGUGAUCAUACUUUAAAUAUGACCUUGUCUUAUGUAUUUUUUUUUUUCUGUUUUCAGUGCAUCUUUUCCUUCAGCAAAGUCAACAUUCAAAUAAAGUGUAAAUGUGC